AGAAAUAGAGCAGAAGAGCCAGAGAUCAGAGCGUAGUCUGUUCACAGACGGACAGGAGAGGAGUCUCAAUGCUGAUGAUCUCCUAGGAGUCUUCAGGACCUUUCUCUGACUGCUGCCAGUCCCAUUCAACAGACAGGAUGGCUCGGGACAUGUCGGAUAAAGACAUCCUAAAGAUGGAGCUGGAUCAGCUGAAGCUGGAAGUGAACACUCCUCGAAUUGCGGUCUCAACAACGGCCCCAGAGAUCAUCGCGUUUGUUGAGGGGUUGUCUGCUGAAGACCCGCUGGUCAAAGGUGUCCCAGAAGACAAGAACCCUUUCAAGGAGAAGGGUGGAUGCAUUAUUACAUAGCAGUGGCCCUGGAGGCACCAGGGCUCUGUUCAAUAACUAGUUUUGU